AUGGUGACAGGAUUGGUUAUCUCAGGGGCGAUCACCCUACACGGAAUUGUGCUAUAUUGCAUAGUCCCUUUAGCUACCAUUUAUCUCAUCAAUGCACUCUUUCUUAGCAUUCCGAACCCGAAAGGCGUGCCUCUCAUACGAGAGCGGACAGGCAAACGAAGCUUCAGCCUAAAGACCCGCUUUAAGUAUCUGACCAGCUGCGAGUCCUUGUUUCGUGAAGCCUACCACAACUACUCGAAGCAAGGCAAGGCGGUGAUUAUACCUGGCUUUGGCUGCCGCAAUGAGUUGAUCUUACCAACCAGCUCUAUGCGCUGGGUCCUCUCGCAGCCAGAUGCCUUCUUGAGCGCUUGGGACGCCUUUGUGGAACUGGAUCAAGUCUACUACAGCUUGGGACAUUCAAGAUACGUUGCAGAUCCGUGGCAGGGAAACCUUGUUAAAACGGAGCUGAACAAUAUGUUGGAGAGUGUCAUCGCAGCCCUUGAUGAUGAGUUACGCGUGGCCUUCGACAAGUAUUUUGGGACUGAUGAGGAUAAUUGGCAGACAAUUGACCUAUCUGAGGCUGUCAAGAUGAUUGUUGCACAGGGCGCCAGUCGCUUUACUGUUGGGUUGCCAUUGUGCCGUGAUGAGCAAUACCUCCGAGACACUCUCAGUGUAAUCGAUGGCUUGGUGGUGAAUGCCGGCAUAACUAGCGGAACUCCACCUAUUCUGCGACCUAUUGUUGGACGCAUCGCCAGUCUCAAGUGUCGACUCGCUCAACAGAAAAUAGAGAAACACUUCAAACCACUCUAUGAGGCACGACUUAACUCCCUCAAGUAUGCAAAGAACGAACCGCAGCACGUGGAACCGCAGGACCAUCUGCAGUUAAUGAUGCGAUUUGCACAGAAGGAGCGACCAAAAGAGCUAUACGACUUUGGUAUAAUGAGCCGGCGUCUUACAACCGUCAAUUUUGGUUCUAUGCACCAGACAAGCAUCCAGGUGAUAAACAUGCUACUGAAUAUCCUGGGAUCGGAUGCGGAGUACAAUACUAUCGCAGUAUUAAGGGAGGAAGUCAACCGCAACAUGGACACAGCGUGGACCAAGGCAAAGAUAUCCAACAUGUGGAAAGCGGACAGCGUCGCACGCGAAACACUGCGCUGCCAAUCCUUCACAGGCCGCGCGAUAUUCCGCAAGGUGAUGGUCGAUGGUUUGGAAACUGACACUGAGAUUAAACUACCCAAAGGAAGCUUGAUCUCCUUCCUCGGCCAGCCAGCUCAUGCCGACGAAGCCAUCUACGAUGAGCCGCAGAAAUAUGACCCAUUCCGCUUCUCGCGGGCUCGAGAGGCUGCAUUGGCCGCAGAGCUGACAAAGACAAAUACACUGAGCUUCGUGUCCACUGGCCCGGAUUACCUUCCAUUUGGGCAUGGGAAGCAUGCCUGCCCGGGUAGGUUCUUGAUUGAUUUCGAAUUGAAGAUCAUUAUCGCUUAUGUACUCACCAAUUACGAUUUACGACUUCCCGAAGAGUACGGUGGCAAAAGGCCACCGAACCGCUGGGUUGCGGAGGCUGUGUUCCCACCCAGCGGAGUCAAGCUACUGGUUAAGAGACGCCGGAGCGUAGUGGUGUAG